GACGUCACAGAAAAAUUCUCAUGUACGCGCAUUCCACACACACCAGGAGAUAUAUUCAGCAGCACAAGUACAGAAGCACAUUAGACUUAAGGGUUUCCACGCUCACAGAUGCAGAGGAGAAGCGGGCCCAAAGGAAAAGCAGUCACGCGGAGGUCCUGAACGCCGCACGCGUGCAAUGGGAAUUCUCGCCACUUCGAUCACAAACGACUCCAUCAUUAUACCAGUGGGAUUUUAUGUUAUCGGAUUUACGGAUUUAAAGUUUGCCGAUUUAUAUAUAGCUUUCCUCGGCUUAAUUUAUAUUGUAACGGUUUUGUGCAACUCAUUUAUAAUUUCCAUAAUAUGGAUGGAUCAUCGCCUACACACUCCAAAGUACAUCGCGGUGGCUAAUUUAGGGGUUGUUGACUUGAUGUGUAGUACAUCCUUUAUUCCUAAUGCGAUCAAGACUGUUGUCACGAAAGAUACCUUUAUGUCCUACAAUGCAUGUUUGACACAGAAUUUUUUUUAUUACUGUUCUAUAGCACUUGAGUCAUUCUCCCUCGGCGCACUUGCCUACGACAGGUUAAUUGCGAUAUGUUUCCCACUGAGGCAUAGUUCUAUCAACACACUCACAAGCAUGAUCAUUAUUUUAGCGAUUGUUUGGUCGUUUUGUGUCAGCAUCAUGGUGCUCCUUGUGUUGAUCUUGACAAAAUUGUCUUUUUGUGAUUCUCUCGUUGUGUACAACUAUGACUGUGAGUACGGAGCCCUAAUCAAUAUAUCGUGUAAUGACAAUACUCUGCAGUGGACCGUUGCUUCUUUUGCUAGCAUAUUUGUUUUUUUUGGGCCACUCAGUUUAAUCAUCAUGUCAUACGCCUGGAUUUUGAGAGUCGUUUUUAGAAUGAAAAAUGUGGAGAGCAGGUACAAAGCUCUUGCAACGUGCACAGAACAUCUCGUCGUAGUGGCGAUUUUCUACGUGCCGACGCUAACGCUGUACAUCAUUGAACUUUUCUUAUUCCUCGUCGAUCCAAAUAUGAAAAUGGUGAACUUGUCGUUAGCCUCAUGCCUCCCGUCCUGUCUGAACCCCAUUGUGUAUUCCCUGGCAACCAAAGAAAUCAGGAAUAGAAUACUGGCUAUGUUCCAGAAAGCCAAAUUAGCAGUGUGGGCAGGGCAGGCGUAGAGCCAAAGGUUGCAGUAAAAUGACAUUUUUCAAAUGAAUAAAAUCCAUUCAUUUUUAAGCCUUGGUGUUUUGCUUCAAUUGAACAUGUCUAUUUGAUGUUGCAUGUCAGUGUAGUUCAAUUGUAUCUUCAUGGAAAAGGAGACACCCCCAGCACAACCACAACCACAACCGUUUGAAAGUUCAAGUGUUGCAUUGGCAGCUGUACCUUCAUUUCUAUUUGUGUCAUUUUGUACUUUAUUUUGCUGUGGUGUUCUUGAGUAAUACUAUGAUACACCAUCGUCAUUGAGAUAUUUUUCUGAAUUUAGGGGCGACAUAGCUCAGGAGGUAAGAGUG